CGCCGGAGGACCAGCCGGAAAACACCAGGAAACAUCAAACACACCCGUUCCCUUCCAUAAAACCACCUGACCUGACAGACCCGUCCACCGUCCAUCCGUAUUCCCGUCACGCCCCCAACACCCCCACAACCCGAAGCAGCGAAAGCUCCCCUAACCCUCUCCGCGCAUCCGAUCGCAAGGAAGAAGAGGGAGAUGAGCUACUACGGGCAGCAGCCCCCCGUCGGCGUCCCGCCGCAGCAAGGCUACCCGGGCAAGGACGGCUACCCGCCAGCGGGGUACCCGCCGGCCGGCUACCCCCCGCCGGCGCAGGGCUACCCUCCGCAGGGCUACCCGCCGCAGUACGCGCAGCCGCCGCCUCCACAGCAGCAGCAGAGCAGCGGGCCUUCCUUCAUGGAGGGAUGCUUGGCUGCCCUCUGCUGCUGCUGCCUCCUGGACGCCUGCUUCUGAGAGUGAGAGGGGCCGACCGACGGAUUCGACACGGCGACAAGUGAAACUACUAGCUUUCUAUGCGAGGGAGAGAGAGAGAGAGCUGGAACUGGAUUGAGCCUGGAAUGCUAUCGUGCUAUUCUAGCUUUGUCAGAGCAUAAUAUGUCGCCCUAGUUUUUUAUUUCUCUCUGUCAAUGUUGACGGGAUCAGACGGUGUGUGUGUAUUCUGCCUGUGGAUGUUCCGUGUUUCUGGUGGAAUUCAAUCCUGGGAUUUAUUGUGCC